AUGGGGAUCGUUGUGAAAAGAGCUGUCAUUGGUAUGAUAAAUGUUCUGGGAAAAAAUGUGACAAAGACAAUGGAUUCUGUACAUCUGGAUGUGAGCCAGGGUAUUAUGGACAGUACUACUGUCAAGAUAGCUGUGGUGAAUGCAGCACUGGCACUUGUGAAAGAAUUACUGGGAAUUGCGAGGCUUGUAAUACAGGCUUUUAUGGAACAAAUCAGAUGUAGCUCUAAUUGUAUAGACAUGAAAUGCGAUGGAAAUGGAAAUUGCGUCCAAGGAUGUAUUCAGGGAUACUGGGGAGAUGCAUGUCAGAACAACUGUCCAUCAAAGUGCUCGAUGAACAAGUGUAAUAGAAAUAACGGACACUGCAAUUCUUGUACCGGGGGGUACUAUGGGGAUCGAUGUGAAAAAGGGUGUCAUUGGUAUGAUAAAUGUUCUGGUAAAAGAUGUGACAAAGGCAGUGGAUUUUGUACAACUGGAUGUGAGCCAGGGUAUUAUGGACAGUACUACUGUGAAAAUAUCUGUGGUAAAUGCAGCAUUGGCACUUGUGAAAGAAUUAAUGGGAAUUGUGAGGCCUGUAAUACAGGCUUUUAUGGAGUCAGAGUGGCAUUUGCACUGGUGGAUGUAAACCGAACUGGACUGGAGAUCGAUGCAAUAAAACGUGUGAACAGAAGUGCAGUACGUCAUGUCCGUCAACCUGCAACAGAUAUUCAGGGAAAUGUGAAGGUGAAUGCCCUGCUGGAAAAUAUGGAAAUACUUGUAAUAAAACUUGCAACGAAAAUUGUAAAAAUGGAUGCAGUAGAAUCAACGGUUUGUGCGAUUCUGGAUGCAUUGUCGGGAAAUUUGGAGACGAUUGUCUCAGAUCUUGUGGUUCGGGUUGCUUAUCCAGUUGUCGUCAAAACAAUGGGAGUUGUCAAUGUAAAACAGGAUGGCAGGGUGAAACGUGUGAUGAAAAGUGUGAACAGAGAUGCAGUACAACAUGUCUAUCUUCUUGCAAGAGACACUCCGGGGAAUGUGAGGGAGAAUGUCCAGUUGGAAAGUAUGGAAAUUAUUGUAAUAAAACAUGCAGCCAAACAUGUAAAAAUGGAUGCAAUAAAAAUAAUGGUUCAUGUGAGUUUGGAUGUAUUGUCGGAAAAUUUGAAGCUGACUGUCUUCGGGACUGUGGUGGUGGGUGUAUUUCCGGUUGUCAUCAAAGCAAUGGGAAUUGUUCAUGUGAAACAGGAUGGCAGGGUCAAUACUGUGAUGUGUGACCUCUUAAAAAUAUUUUAUUUUUACAAAAUAGAAUGUAGGCCAGAUUACUACGGCAAAGAAUGUGAUCGGCAAUGUAGUUCCAAUUGUCUAAACGAAACUUGUUUCUCAAACAAUGGGUCUUGUAUAGGGGGGUGCAAAGGUGACUUUACGGAUGAACAAUGCACAAUAGAAAAUAAGAUGCACACUGACAUAGGAAACGUUGCCCUUCUAAUCGAGGACCCAGAAGAAGAGCCCCAGAUAGAAAACCCCGAGGAAGCUGUGUAUUAUAAUGACCUGUCUGUGGCUAAGGAUAUUGCUAUUUCAGAUCUACUGAAUGUAAUCACACAGAGAGAAGCCAAGGGAAAAGAAGGAUUCCUUAAGGAGUUUAAGUCGCUUCCAUAUGGAGAAAGAUUUGACUGUGAAAUCGCUAAAACAGAGGAAAAUAUGCCUAAAAACAGAUUCAAAACCACUUUUCCAUAUGAUCAUUCCCGCGUUAUUUUAGAAGCUAGUAAGGGCUUUACCUCCGAUUACAUAAAUGCUAACUACAUUGAGAAUCUAGAAGAAAAACGGGAAUUCAUUGCAUGUCAAGGCCCACUCAAAAACACUUUAGUUGACCACUGGAGAAUGAUUUGGCAGGAACAUGUAGAUUACAUCAUCAUGUUGACCAACCUUACUGAGGGACCAAAGGUGAAAUGUCAUCAAUAUUGGCCAGACGAAGGAAAGGAAGUGAACAUUAAUCCAUUUUCUGUAACCUUGUUGGAAGAGAAAAAAUAUUCUCAUUUCGUCGAACGAAGAAUGACAGUGCACAGAAAAAAGGUUACUGGGUCGAGGACGGUCGUGCAGUAUCACUUCACCCGAUGGCCAGACCACGGAACACCAAAUCCCUUAAACUUGAUUGUAUUCCAUCGACAUUUUCGACACAAGAUCAUGCCUUCCCAUCACCCAAUACUUGUCCACUGCAGCGCUGGAAUAGGGAGGACGGGUACGUUUAUAGCCUUUGACGUUUUGUCGAGGUAUGGCAAGGACAAGGGCAAGGUCAAUGUCAUAGAGUAUGUCAAGGCCAUGCGUAAAGACAGGAUGACAAUGAUUCAAAAUGUGAACCAAUAUGUGUUUCUGUACCAUGUACUGUACGAGUUCUUCAGAAGAAAAACACAUUAUAAAAAGAGAGACGAAUUUCUCAGUCAAUAUGGAGAUAUGAACAAAGCUGGUAACCAGAAACAGAUAACUAACGAAUUCAAUGAACUGAUAAGUUUAAAACCAAGAUAUGUUGCCCAAGAUUUCAAGAGUGGAAAGGCGUUUUCAGAACUGAACUUUUCCAAAUCAGUUUUACCAGUUGAGCAAUAUCUAGUUUAUUUGACAUCCCACGUUCCAGGCCGACAAUGUUAUUACAAUGCAGUGAAUGUUUCUUCGUUCACCCGAUCUGAUGAAUUUUUGUCUGCUCAAUUUCCUGUGCCUGGAGCUGCCGUAGAUCUUGUUCGUCUGCUAAUUGAUCAGGAAUCAGCAUUUUUGAUUUCACUGAACCCUUUUUCAGAGGUUGAAGAGCUACAAAGCUGGGUUGAGGAAAAAGUAAAUCCCCUCAAACUUAGUCCUUAUAUAAUCACUAAGGGUACACAAGAAGUAUUGUCCGGGGAGAUAAGAAAGACAAAUAUAACAAUCACAACAAAGAAGGUCAGUUUCCUUUUUUUAAAGAUAUUUGAAUGCCUGAACUGGAGUUCCAGUGAUGCACUUCCGAUGGAAACCUCUGUUUUAACAACGCUCAUUAAACAGUUCAGCCUUUAUCGCAAAUCUCAUUUAAAGGGAUGUGUAACUGUCAUAUCGAAGGAUGGUGCGACAUGUUGUGGAGUAUUUUGCGCUGUGUAUAACGCCAUAGAACAGCUACAACAGGACGAGGAGGUGGACAUAUUUACUAUAGUUCAGCAAUUACAAUGUCGAAGACCCGAAAUGAUAUCAACAAAGGAAGAAUAUGAAUUUUGUUUCAAAGCAGUUUCUGACUUUCUGAAUACAGAGAGUGUAUAUGCCAACACAUAA